CGGGCUCUGGGAGGCGUUGAAUAGACCGACAACUUUCAUAACCAUAUUCAUGCCAACAGACGACGCGUUCGCCGCCAUCACCGAUGGAUCGGUGGAGGAAAUGAAGAGAAAUCCUAAACUCGUCAAAGAUUUUCUGACGCAACAUAUACUCGGGUAUAGCCUUCCGCCGCAGAAUCUCAAGAAUAAUAUGAAAGUCAAGUCGUUGAACGGCGAGAUGCAUAUGAUUAAUGUGAUCGAUGGUGGAAAGAUUUUAGUCGAUGGCAAUGAAGUGAUCGCCGCGACGGCCGCCAAGAAUGGCAACGUCUAUGUGAUGGACAAAAUGCUGGACAGAAGUGGUCGCAGAUCCCGAUCCAUCGCUGAUGAGCUGAGAAAGAGAUCAGAUUUGAGUACAUUCUCGAGUUUAAUUCAAAGGAGCGAUCUUAAUAGCAAGUUAUCCAGAGAAUCGGGACCCUUUACUGUAUUGGUACCGAAUAAUGAAGCCCUC